AUGAAGCAACAGUUGACGAUGAGAGGAGAUCGAAAAGAGAAUUUUCGAACACAACAGGAUAGGGAGCAAAGAUUGCGAGCGGAAUUAAACGAAAAAGAAACGACAGAAAUUCUGCUACGAAAACAGCUCAGAGGAAAGAAUUGUCAAGAAGCAAGCCUCCGGCGGCAACUGGGGAUGCAAAAGCGACAACUGGAGGAGAAAGCUAAGGGUGAUGAAACUUUACGAGAACAAUUUAAAGAAAUGGAACGAAGGUUGAGGGAAGAAAUAAUUGAGAAAGAUGCGAGACAAGUAGUUUUGUGUGAACAGAUCACAGAAAAGGACCAGCAGCUAAUGGAGAUGAUACAACAAUUGACAGUGACAGAGGAGCGAGAAGAAGAUCUUAAGACGCAGGUAAGGAAUGUAGAAGAACAGCUGAGAGAGAAUGAGGAUCGAGUUGAGAAUUUACGAACGAACCUGAAAGACGUUGAGCAACGAUUAACGCAGAAAGAGACACAAAAAGAAAAUUUACGAUCAAGCCUGGAGCAGAUGGAGCAAAGGAUGAGAGAAGAAUUAGCACAAAAGGAAACGAGAGAAACUGAGUUGCGCGAACAGCUUAGAGAAAGGGAGGAGCAGGCUGUUGACUGUCAGAGAAAUUUGAGCAGGAUGGAACAGCAAUUGUCAGAAAAAAACCAUCAAAAAGAAACUUUACUAAGACAACUUAGGGAGAUGGAACAACGGUCGAGGGAGGUUACAGCGGAGAAUGAAAUAAGAUAAAAUGAGCUUCGUGAACAACUCAGAGAGAGAGAGCAAGAACUGAGGGAGAUGGCGCAUCAGUUGACUGAGAAGGAGCAUAAAGAGGAGAACUUACGCGCGCAAAUAAGGAUGCACUUAAUGGAACAACGGCUGAGAGAAGAAAUGAUAGAAGAAGCUACUAGGCUUGGUGAACAACUUAGAGAAAGGGAUCAAGAAAUAGAAAACUUUCAGAUACAGUUGCAAGAGUUGCGUGAACAACUCAGAGAAAAGGAUCAGCAUUUAGCAAUCCUUCGAACGAAGCUGGAGGAGCGAUUUAGAGAAAUUGUAGCAGAAAAUGCAAAUCCACGACAACAGGUUGUUAACCUCGAGAAUCAAGCCGGAUCGCAGUCCAAUGAUUGGGCAAUUUCCUGGGAUGAUAUUCAGUUGACUGAUAAAAGCCUUGGAGUUGGAGGGUGGGGCGAGGUUUUCAAGGGCAGGUACUGUGGUUGUUCUGUUGCCGUGAAGCAAAUCCAUGAGGCAAUUAAUUCGCCUUACGACCAGAGUUUGUUCCAGAGGGAAAUUGAUAUUGCUUUGUGA